UCACGUGAGCAGAAGCCGACGUGUGCAGACAUCGUUCUAAUUCUGGUCUACGUUUGGUGUUUGCUCUCUCUGUGUUACUGCUGAGCGGGCAGGCGUGCUGCGGAAGCAGGAGAAGUUGCCUGGACCCCAACAGGGGCCUGUAUCUGUUGGAUCUUGUUCCUGAAGACCAGUCCGAACGAGAAGCAGGGAGGCAGGAACGAUUUCCAGAAUCAAGUAGAUCUGCAAGAAGCUGGAAAGAAGGAAGGGACUACUGGGAUCUCUGGUAGUAUUUGUGAGGGUGACCCUGACUCAGGACAUCCAGAAGGGUCUCACUGUAUCUGCUGUUGUAGCUUCUCGUACCUACAAAAUCGGAAGACUUUACCCCUGACCUGGGAAUAUUGCGGACCAGAGCAAGCCAGCUUUAUAUCCAGGUUAAGGAAUUCACCCCAGCUGUACCAUGGGCCGCACCCGGGAAGCUGGAUGUGUGGCUGCGGGCAUGGUCAUUGGGGCUGGUGCCUGCUACUGUGUAUACAGACUGACCUGGGGAAAAGACGAGAAUGAGAAACUGUGGGAUGAUGAAGAGGAGGGAGAGGAGGAGGAAGAGGUGGAAGAGUCUUGUAGUGACAAACUGGAAAUUGGGGGCAACACUGAGAAAGGAGUUAAGACUAAUGUUGGGGUGGGGGCAGGAGGCAAACCUCAGGAUGGCUCAAAGGCCAAGGUUGAUGUAGAUGUGGGACCUGAGAAUGGUCCAGAUGUAAAGAAGGAAGCACAGCCAGAAUCCCAGGGUGGAGGUGGCCUAGAAGCUAAGGCUAAGGCCCUUUUCAAGAUCCUGAAGGAACAGGCAAGUGCAAAGGCAGGCAGAGGGAUCAAGUUUAGUAAUAUCUAUGGGAGAAGGACCCUGACAUCGAGUUUACCCUGCCCAGGAGGCAGGGGUGGAGGUUGCCACCCUGGCAGGGGUGGCUCUAGGGCUAGAAGCAGGGCAAGUGGAAAACCGAAGAAAAAGAAUCGAAGUAAGAGCACCAAGACUCCAGCCACAACGUGGCCUGUACGCAGGGGCAAGUUCAACUUUCCCUAUAAAAUUGAUGAUAUUCUGAGUGCUCCUGACCUUCAAAAGGUCCUUAACAUCUUGGAGAGAACGAAUGACCCUUUUACUCAGGAGGUGGCCUUGGUCACACUGGGUAACAAUGCAGCAUAUUCAUUUAAUCAAAAUGCCAUACGUGAAUUGGGUGGGGUCCCAAUUAUCGCAAAACUGAUAAAAACAAGAGACCCCAUUAUUAGGGAAAAGACUUACAAUGCCCUUAAUAACUUGAGUGUUAAUUCCGAAAAUCAGGGCAAGAUUAAGACUUACAUCAGUCAAGUGUGCGAUGACACCAUGAUCUGUCGCCUGGACUCAGCCGUGCAGAUGGCUGGACUAAGACUGCUGACCAACAUGACUGUGACCAAUCAUUACCAGCACUUGCUUUCCUAUUCUUUCCCAGACUUUUUUGCCUUGUUAUUCCUGGGAAAUCACUUCACCAAGAUACAGACUAUGAAACUAAUUAUAAACUUUACUGAAAAUCCAGCCAUGACAAGAGAGCUGGUCAGUUGUAAAGUACCGUCAGAAUUGAUUUCCCUCUUUAACAAGGAAUGGGAUAGAGAGAUUCUUCUUAACAUCCUUACCCUUUUUGAGAAUAUAAAUGACAACAUAAAAAGCGAAGGGCUUGCAUCCUCACGGAAAGAAUUCAGCAGGAGCUCGCUAUUUUUUUUAUUCAAGGAGUCUGGAGUUUGUGUUAAGAAAAUCAGAGCAUUAGCCAAUCAUAAGGAUCUGGUGGUCAAAGUGAAAGUUCUCAAAGUGCUAACCAAACUGUGAUUG